GCAGAGGCAGAGAGCUGCAGAAGAUGGCAAAAGAAGCUGCGAGCAUGGAGGGGGAAUCUUCAUGAGCAGCCCAAGCAGGUCCACCGGGCACCGUGUAAGCUUCUUCCUAUUUGGAGAUGUGACAGGUGAUUGACAGAUGGACCAGAUCAUCCAGUGACUCACACAAGAAUAAAAUAGCUUUGUGCUCGUGGCCUUAUGUCAUCCCCCACCCUGCCCUUUAGCAGUGCACAAGUAUUGUAUUUGAGAAAGAGGAGGGAAAAGGGAUGGGGGAAGGAGUCUGACUUGAGCCUGUGCAAAUACAGGAGGGUUUUGUCUUGAAUCAAGAGUUCUCAUUUUAGAUGUUGCUUUGUCACAUCCUGUUGUGCUGGCUCUUUCUGGUUCUACAAUUCCAAAUCAGUGUAUCAGCCUCAGGGUGCAGUCCAGCAUUAAGCUCCUUAUGCAUGUACUUUUGCACAUUAGCUACACAGAAAGCAGAAGCACUAUCAUAUUUGUUAGAUUUUAUCUGUAUUGUUAUUUCUUUCUUUCCUUAUACCCUCAACUUCCUGCUUAAGUUUCAAGAAGCAACUACAUCCUGUAUAGCCAGGCAUUGCGUACAGGGUAGUAAAAAGGUCACCAACAAAAGCUACAAGGCACAGUGGUGACAUUUGGUCCUCCCACACUCUCCUCAUGUGAGAAAGCAUAGUAAAAAAUAGUCAAUUCCAGUUGAGAUAGAGCAGAAUGCAUUAUUGAGAGGACACAGGCAUUGUGCUCAUCAGCAUGGGCUGAUCCUGCACUCUUGUUUCCCCACCCAAACCCCUCUGCAGUGCAUGUAACAAAACAAACCAACUUCCACAUGAAAAAAGAGGCUGCUUACAAGUGAUGAAAGAUCACUUACAAGGAUGAAAGAGAGGGAAAGCCCCAGCAGCCUGUAUUGGGCAAACUACAAAUAAUGAUUCAUCAAUUUCUAGGAUGAAUUUCUCUGCCUUGGGCCCAGCAGCUUGAGCCUGUUGCUCUGUGGUCACAGAAUCACAGAAUCACUUAGGCUGGAAAGGCUUCUAAGAUCAUUAAGUCCAAUCAUUAACCUAACACAGGUCAGGUGGGUCUGCUCUUGCCUGCUUGGAGGACUUGUGCAUGAAGCAGCCUGGAUGAGUUCCCAGUUCCAAACCAAGGAGGUUAGCCCCAAAAUGUACCCUCAGCACAGAGCAAUGUGUGUGCAUCCACAGCUAGAUCCAGCAAGGACAGUGCUGAGAGCUGGUGUUCUCCUGCCCAAGCUGUAGCGUGUACAGCAGCAGGUAAUGGCAGCGAUCUGCCCCAUACCUCUCCUUCCUAAGGAAGGGCAGUAUUCAUCAUGAUAACCUUACUUGCAGCAAAAAUAAGGAUAAAGGGGCCAUACUGAGAACAUUCAGAGAGUGUAUAGUCACAUUUGUGUGUAAUAUAGGUAUCUGGACUUGGGAAAGUAGUUUCACGCUUUCUAUCCAGCAAUUCUUAAAUAUAAGGAUGCCAAAGAUAUAAUAGUGGUGUUUCUGUCUCUGCUGAAAAGUCUUAAGUGCUUUAACACAAGUAUAUUAGCAAGUCCACAAGUGUCCAUUCAGAGGCAGAUAUCAAUUAAGAAAUUACUGAUCUUCUCAACAAAUUAGUUCAGGAGCACCCCCUCACAUAAAUUCAGUAGCAGUGAGUGCAUGCCCCCCACCACACAGAAAGCAUUUCUAGUGUCAAAGACUGGUGCACAACUAAUUUCUCUUCAAUUUUUCAGGAUACUUAGAAGAAGAGCUCAGGACUGAAAUCUUAGGGAUCUAAAAAGCUGCAAGUGUCUAAAAUAAAACAGUGAAAAUACAGCUAUGUAUCUUUAAACUCAGUGGUCAAUUUUACAUCUGUAUUACUGGUUGCUUCAGAGAACUAUUUAGACACAGGUCAGGUACAAAUUAAAUCACCAUUUAAAGAAGACAGGAAUUCAAUGUAGCAGUCCAAAGUUACAAGAUAAAUGCAGCAAACCCUCAGCUUUAGUUGCUUGGAGGAAGCUAAGUCUAUCUCUACAUUUGCUAUGCAAUUUGAUGCAGGGCAGUUGUGUGCUAGCAGAGCCCUGCACUUUGUAUACAGGAGACACAGAAAGGCUUAUGAGCUUUCAGGGUUAUGAACCGUCAGCUUCUUUAUGCAACAAGGCACAGAGACAAAAGGAGGCAAUAUCCUUUCAAAAGAUUAAAAAAAUGCUGAAAAGAUUAAAAAAAAUAAAAAAAUAUUAUGGAGCAUUGUAGUAUCAGAUUAGCUGGCAAAUGUCUGAAAGGCAGUUACAUCAUCCAUCAUCACAUAGAUUUUAUAUUGCACCAGCAGCAAGUGGUGUCACUUAUUUAGCACAGCACAGUACUUUGUGUCACUGCUGUUUGCAGCCUUGCAAGUGGGAAGAGAAUUUCCCUUGAGCCUGGGGAAAUUCUCUUCCCACUUGCAAUUAUUCUUUACAAAAUAAAGGAGACCUAUGCAAUCACUUCACUUGCUUCUCUCUUCCUCUGUCAGUCUACUUCCUCCCAAAUUCUCAUAAACUAAUUAGCCAAUUUCAGCCAGAAUCAUAUGUACUGAGCUGCAGAAGUCUUGUUCUUGUUAUUUCUGUGACUAAAAGCCACACUAUCCUGUUCUGAAGAGAUUAAUCCUCCCUGAUAUCUAUACUUAAAGUUGAACAUAUAAUAAGGCAUUUUGUCAUCAGAAGUAAUCUUAAAUAAUUUACAGGAGAAGAAAGUGUAAUUAGAGUAGAAAUCUGUGUGAAAUAACAUAAAGUGAUCAAAACAAUAUGACAACACUGAAGAAGAAAACUGGGUAACACCAACCAGGUGAGCAAAAAAGAUUUGAGGUUGAGAAGGGAAUGCUGGUGCUCAAACCAUCUCCAGGCAGCUCAUCUGGCAAACAGAAGUAUAACAUGUCCCGUGUUCCCAGCAGCAGAGGUGGCUUUGCAGAAGACACAAAUGGGGUAUUUUUCAUGCACUUUAGAUGGCCACCAGUGCAGGUUCAGAGCUGAGGCACCAUUGUCUCUCUGCCAGUCUUUGCCUGCCUAUAGCUCUAGGUUAGGUGCUGUGGGGACUGCCAGCAGGAAUUAAAGAGCAGCUUACACGUUAAAUAACUCCUAUGUGCUUCAGGUCAUGCACUGGGCCCACAGCACAGCUCACCAGGAAAAUUCACAUUUUAGCAGUGUCUGUAGAGGAGGUAAAAGAAAGAAGAGCUGAACUGGAUGCCCAGACAUCAAGUUACAAAGGCUUUUUUUGCAGGAAUUUGUGUGUGUGAUUAGAUGGCAUAUACUUCUUCACAGCUGUCCCCUUGUGCUAUCUGGUUUCCUUGUUCCAGCCCUUUUAUCACUUCAUUUCAGGCAUUCAUCUCAAAUUUUCUCUGAAUGUUGUGACAGCAUUUGCCCUGUGAAAUUGGGAUACAGUGAGAUUACAAUCACUGCUAUUCCAGCAAAAUCCAGGAAAGAUAUAAUUUCUUUAAUUAUUAUAACAGCUUCUACUCUUUUCAGACCAAGUUCUCUCACUUGUAAGUUCUGCUGAGAAGCAACAUCCAGAAAUUGCAGGUGUCCACAGUACUGGGAGUGUUUAAUGGCACUGUGGAUAUUGUGAUUAUUUUGGAAAGAUUCUGUCAUACCUGCUGCACAUCACCUUUUAUCAGCAACUUCUGAAUCCAUGAAGGAUUCUUUCUCUCCUCAGCCAUGCUUUGGGUGCCAGAACUAUCUACAUUUGAUAGUAAAGAAAGAAAAGGAUAAUCAAAAGUUUGAGUGAUCAAUGGGAAUAGCUGGAGGAUGGUCUUUUAUUCCUAGUUGCCUCAAAAAUAUCAUCCACAGAACUCUCAGGCAGCAGUGGGAGCUUGCUGCUUUUGUCUUACAAUACUCCUAUGCUGUUGUACUUAAUAUGGAACCACUUUUAUCAAGUUCCCUGCUACAAUAUCUGGUGUCAAGGCAGAGGCUGGCAAUUAGGUUCCUGAAGUAUUUCUAUCUUCUGAUCUUUUAUGCACACUUUCUAAUCAUCCCACCUGAAGAUUUAGUGUACAGGCUUUCAAAAAAAGUACAUACUCCUUGAAAAGAUUUGUUUAGAUUUGAUAUAUUGGAAAUUCACACAGCUCAGAGGACUCCAGAAGCUGGCUAUCAGCUUAUGAGAUACAGUGCUUUCAAAAACUGUGAUUUUCCUUAUAGAAUGGAAAAAUAAGCACUAGGAAAACAGUUGUAGAGGAAUAGAGAUCCAUGAGCCCUUAACUGCAAUCAUGGGGGAAAUCCUUGGAUUUCAGCAGAAUCCUGUAUAGAGAACUGAAUUCCUGUGGAGUAAAGUAAUUCAGUUUAAGGUCAUUGGCAUUGGAAAACUACUCAGGAAAGAAGUGAAGUCCAGCUCCCUCCACAGACCUAAGGGAAUGCAAGGCCCUUGCACUGCUUUUCAGCCUUCCUCAUUUUACUUUUAUGCUCUGUUCUUCCCUCCCACCGCAUUCAUGGAAUACUGUUUCAUCUCUUCUUUACUGAGGCACUGUUAUUACCUUAAUCAUGACUCUUGUGGAAAUACUCAAGGCCAGAAAGUUUGCAAGGAGUGAUUCCAAUGAUGAACUUUCAAUGAUGAAAUUUUCAAGAUGAAUGCUUGCAUUCAUGCUGGGAAGGAAUCUACCACCUUCUGAAACACUGGGAGUACGAGCUUUUACUGCUUUUUAGUGCUGCCUGCUCGACUCUGCUUGUCCUAUUUAUUCAUUGUUAUUAGUCUGCCAAGGCUUGCUGAAAGGAAGCUUGACAUUUACUUGUCUUUGACACUCCUGUAGUUCGAGGUGUUACAUAAUCAACAGCAAGGACACCUUCCAGAGCCUCUGAGUUCGCACUCACUUUAUAUACUUAUUCAUUCUUGGUGAAUCACUGUCAUAUUUGAAGAGAAGAAAAGAUAUACACAAAUCAGGCUACUGAAAAAUAGCAUUUUUAAAGUUUUAAACCUUUAAAUGAACUAUUCCAUCAUUCCACUCUUAAAGUGACUCUUACACUUACUGAAACUAUGUACCUUCAAUACCCAGAGCAAGCAGAGAUUGCAGUGUUACUGCACAAAGUGUUUAGGAUAACUAGCUGGUUUUCCCAACAUGAUAUUUUCUUAGUUAAUGAAACUAAAAUUACAGGAAAAAACAAAACCAACAACAACAACAACAACAAAAUAUUAAAUUCAAGAACUUUACUUGUAUUUGUAUAUAAUAAAAUAGUUCACAGUUCAGCUGUGAAUACCUUGUGUUCACAUUUAUAGGGUGGUGAAAAUAAAGAACAAUCAGUGGAGCCUGUCAAGGAAAACCCACGUGCUUACUGAAAGCAAUAUGGGGAAGAACUUACUUUAUGAGUUAAUUCUUACUGAACUCCAGCCUGCAUAGCCCAGCCCCAAACCCAGGGGAAGCCCUGGCAAAAAUCCAGGAAAAACACUGCUGAGGAUCCAAGGAAUCAGAGCCAUGAUCUGUGUGGAGAGUGUCCCUCACAGGAGGAACCUGAAUGGAACCGAGCGAGGCUGGGGCAGGAGGGUCAGAGCGAGCAGAGAAGGGGGAUGCUCUGUCCAUGCCAAGGCCCAGGGCAGUCCUAUCCCGGGAAGUGGGCAGGGAGCAGAUCCUUGAGCUGCUGCACAUUUGCGCUGCCCUCGCUCAGCCGGGAACCCCCUCAUUGCCCAGGGGGAGCUGGUGGCAGUGGGGAGUGGGAGAGGAAAGAAGCGGAACACAACGAUCUGUCCUACAGCCACAUGGACUGCGAUGCCGUGUUCAUGGGCUGUGCCAAAUGGCUGCCCUGUUGGGAACAGAACCAGAAACCUCCAUCAACAUCCUAAUUUACUGCUCCAGAGAAAGAAAAAUUCCAAACUUUAAUUCCAAGGAUGAUAAUUUAAUAUCUCCUUGGCAUCUGGAGAUCUAUUACCUGAAUCCAGUCAUGAGUUUCCUUCAGGUCUCCACCCUUGGGACCAGUUAAAAGAUAGUGGGGUUAAACUCUUUCUCACUUCUUAAAUCUGGAUUCUCCCAUUCCAUAAAAGACUUUUGGUUGCCAUAGCCUUAACUUGCUGUGAGGCUUUAAGGAUUAGAGAGCCUCCUACUCUCCUCACCAUUAAAGUUGUGGCUGCACAAGUUUGCAAACAAUGGGGCCACCUCUCGCCAAGUGGUCUAACAUUUUAGAAAAAGGGGCCAUCGGUCUCCAAGAACUGCCCUGUAGUGUUCUUGCACUAGAACUCCUUUGACCUGCUUCUGUUCAACAUCCACAUAAAAUUCAAAUUCUUUUUCCCUGUUUGGAAGGACUAGGGCAGGUUCCUCAGUUCAUCUGCUUUUUAACACUUCAAAAUUCUGUCAGGUUCUUACCUGGCAGGAGAGCAGUGCUAUAGGGAGACAUCCAUGGCUCCAAAAGACCUGCCUUUAACAGUGACUCUCUAACUGGCUGUAAUCCCUUCCUACCCUCACUUGAAAUAAUGUAUUGCUUUUUAGACAGCGCUUGUCCUGGUGGCUUCAAAGGGAUUUGGAAGGUUCCCUAUCUCAUUUUCCACAUUUCCUUGGGACUGCCCACACCUUUGGGUUUACUUCAGCAUAGGCCUUCUCAGACCUAAAAAGGUGGUAGCUUCCUUAUCCCCUUUCAUAAUAUUAAUUCACCUGGUUCAUGGGUGAUAGGAAGGCAAUGCAGGUUCUAUUUCAGGAUUUGAAGAGGUGUUUUAAUUGUGUCUCUCAGAGAAUCCUUCUGGAGCAGAAAUCCCGGUGUGAAAUGAACGGGGACAGGGAGUGAAGAAGAACUGACUAAUGUGAUAUGGGAAUGUGUCUUGCUGGGGAUCCAAGCCAGCCAAAUUUCACCCAGAAAAAAAAGGCAUUAAGUUCAAGCCUUUGGAAGCAUUUGUUUAAGUUAUGGCAAAGAGAAAGGGCUUAUGGCACUUAAUAGGUUAAUCAAGUCACCCCUUAUAAGGUUAUGUUUCUAGAAUGUUCCCGGUUCUCUCCCCUGAUUGGUUAUUUGUAGCAGAAUUUUGCGUAUUUCUACCUCCAGUGGUAGGACCCAUGCCCUCUGACUCUGCCCUCAGACCUACCCUAUAAAUUUUUGUGUCUGCCCGUAGUCCUGGUCUUUGGAGUUUGUCCCUAUAGUGCACACGGUUUAUGGACAUCGUCCCUAUUUUAUUUCUCAUUAAAGUGUUAAUUUUAGGCGGACACAAACUCUGUCAUACCAUUUCCUCUUAUUUGCGCCUCAAUUCCCUGAAGUCAAAGAACCCUAAAGUAUUAAAGGUACAGGUUUUCAAUGGGAUAGCAUCCAUUUUAUUCCCAGUAAUAGGCACAGAACUGGAUUUGAAUUCAACUUCCGAUUCAGCAUGGAAUGUAGUCGAUGGAACACCAAUGGCUUCCAUGCCCCUCAGGAACAGCAGGGCUUGUCCUGUUCAAGGACUUUGCAAUGCCCUAUUGGACAAUCCAUGUCCCAUGCUCUGCCAGCAAGGAGGUGACAAUAUCACCAUUCCCCUCCUCAUUCCUGUGUCCCAUUUUGACAAGAAUCUUCCUUCCUCUCUGCUCUAGAGGGUGCUCGAGUGCCCACAGGGAGCCCCUUCCUCGCUCCUGUGUGACUGGUGAGCGCUGGCGUGAUCCAGGGCCGUGAUGUCACACAGCUGUACUGGCCACAGCACUGUGACAUCACCGCGCCAACCCUAUAUAAACCGGGCCGGCGCCCCCGGCUGCCAGUGCAGUUGCGAGUGGACGUGCCGUAGCGAUGGGUGACGGUGGCGUCCUGAUGGCUGCACUUGUCCUGCUGCUGGCCGUUGUGGCUGUCUGGUGGGCUGUUGGCCUCUGGCAGCCAUGGAGGAGGCAGCAGGCAAAGAAGCGACGCAGGUUUAGGCCCAGAGGCCCAUGGAGGAACCGGGCAGCCCCUGCGGCUCCCAGGUUUGCCAGGCCUCGGGCGACCUCUCGCCAGCGGCCAGGUGCUCCCGCAAGCCCUCUGGAGAGCUCCUGCAGCUGUGGUCCCUGCAUGGCAGUGGCCCUAGAGCUGCAGGAAGUUAUGACCCAGAUCUGGGCACAGAAUGGGACAUCUGUGCCGCUCUACUUUGGGAUGUGGCAGGCACUGUGGACACAACUGGAGAAGCUGAUGAAGCGAAGCCACCUGCCCUGCUGUGGCUUGCCCAGCUUCUCCAGAAGCCGCCAUCCCAUCAAGAGGCUGCUCCCACCAAGAUUGGCCAUUGGUGGGAGAGCCUCAACCCUUGCAGGGAUGGCACACCAGAGAAGACCUGCCAUCCAUGCAAGAGGUUCAGGCUGUCAGAGGAUGUCCAUCGUGCCAGGAGCCUCUGCUACCUCUGACAGCUUCCAUCUCUCAGAGAGGCUCAGCCAGACCUGUCAGCCUGCAGAAGGUGCAGAGCCCAGGGACAGGUCUCCCAGCUCCCAUGGACCCUUGGCCCUCGACAACAUGGGCGCAUCCCUGACCACUGACAUGGCCAGGGAAAGCCCACAGGUCCAAGUGGGAGUCCAGCCCGAUCCAGGGGAGUCAUACCAGGAGCAGCUGGAGGAGCAGCAAGUGUCCUGGAGCCAGCAGCUGCUGGACCACAGCUCCCAGGCCACGGUGCUGGAUGUGCCAGCUGGCACCAGCCCGUGCCUGGUUGAGGAGGCAAUUCCCAAGGGACCAGGGAGUUUCCUCCAUCUCCAGGAAGCUGCUCCCAUACAGCCACCAACGACCAGCAAGGUUUCCGAACAAGCAGGUGGGAUCUAAGGAGCUGUCUGAGGCUCCCAUGGGGCUCUUGAGGGCCAUUCCCAGGCCAGGCCAGGCCAGGCCAGGCCAGGCCAGGCCAGGCCAGGCCAGGGCUUCUGAGAGCAGCCUAGUGGCUGGCUGUUUUCAGAAGCCCCUGAUGCCACGGUUUCAAACAAGCCCUCUCUGCUUUGCAGCUGCUCCUGGGACCCCCCUGUGUGAAGCCUCGGGCUGUAGCCCCGGCCAGAGUCCAGCCCAGGACGCCGGGGACAGCGACGGUGCCGCCCUGCCCCGCUCCACUCAGUCUCCUGCAGCCGCCUGUGCGCCCUGUCCUGGCCCAGCUGUGCCGCUCGCCAGCCCGACGGCGGAAAGGCUGUGGCCGCUGCCCGGCGCGCAGGAGGAAGCAGGGCACAAGAAAGAGCUGUGGGAGCUGUACCAGCUGGGCCCGCAGCUGGGGAGCGGUGGCUUCGGCACCGUUUUCUCGGGAACCCGACUCUCCGACGGGAGCCCGGUGGCCAUCAAGCGCGUGGCCCGGGACACGGUCCUGCAGUGGGACGAGCUGCCCGACGGCACCUGUGUUCCAACGGAGAUCGUGCUCAUGAAGAAGGUGGGCUUCGGCUGCCGCAGAAUCAUCCAGCUCCUGGACUGGUUCGAGCUGCCCGACAGCUUCGUCCUGGUGCUGGAGCGUCCGGAGCAAUCUCGGGAUCUCUUGCGCGUCCUGGUGGAGCAAGAGUUCCUGAGCGAGGAGGCGGCGCGCUGGCUUUUCUGGCAGGUGCUGGAGGCCGUAUGGCACUGCACUGCCUGCGGCGUCCUGCACCGGGACAUCAAGCCGGAGAACCUCCUCGUGAACCCGGAGACUGGCGAGCUGAAGCUCAUUGACUUCGGUUGCGGCACCUUCCUCCAGGAGCGGGCCUACACAGAGUUUGCCGGAACACGCUCGUACUGCCCGCCCGAGUGGAUCGGCCUGCGCUGCUACCACGGCGAUGGGGCGACCAUCUGGUCCCUGGGCGUGCUGCUGUUCGAAAUGGUGUGCGGGUUCCUGCCAUUCGAAAACGAGCGUGACAUCGUGUUGGGGCAGCCCAUCUUCCCGCAGGAGAUCUCUCCAGAGUGCCACCAUCUGAUCCGCUGGUGUUUGUCCAAGCACCCCAUGGAUCGGCCAGUGCUGGAGCAGAUCUUCUACCACCCUUGGGUGUUGGGCGGGCAUUUCUGAUGCCUUGCCACAGGCUCUGGAGCUCCCAGUUCCUGUAUCCCACGCAGGACUGAGGGCCGAGAAAUAAAACAACCUGA